AUGUCAAUAAGGGUGCUACCUAUAAACCGCCAGCCACUAAGUCUGAUAGAGCUGACUGUGCAUCGUAUCGCCGUCCACGCCCAGGCCAACGGUUGGAUCAAUCGACCGGGGAAGCGUCGAAUGAGAGCACGAAGGUGGGAGGAAAAGGUCAGUUGGAGGCGGGAAGCUGAUCUACGCUCUGCGCUACAGGGCCCGGAGGCGGCGGCGCAACAAGCCAGAAGGGGAGGCCAGCUGAGAGGGAAGCAAAGGGGGAAGAAGGGAGGGUUAGAAGACAAAAGAGAAAGAACGACCGAGGGGAUCGGGGAGCAGCGAGCUCUUUAUACUCAGGUCAAGCGGCGAGGGGGCGCCAACCCUGAUCGGGCGGGGCUAAACCGGAAGAGGCAGCGCACCCGCACCUAG